AUGACGCGCAAGACAGUGUACGGCGCGGCCCUGGUCGCCUUCGUCGCCGCCACGGCCAUGACGAUUGCGGCCAUCGUCAUGCCGCGAUGGGUCUCGUACAGCGUCGACACGGACCGGGGCGACAGCCUGUACAGCAACAUCGGCUUGCACGAGCGGUGCACAUUGAUGAUGACGACGACAACAGCCUCGACGGCCGCUCUGGUCGAGAAGUGCGUGCCUUUCCCCGGCGACGACGAGCAGCAGCAGUGCGCCGCGGGCGGCGGCCCUUUUUGCUCCAUGUGGCGUACCGCCGCCUUCCUCAUGAGCCUCGCCAUCGUCGUCGAGCUGGCCACCUUCGUCGCCUUCUUAAUUGUCGUGGCUGGCGGCAAGGCGCGCCGCGAGAGCGGGUGGCGCAUCCUGGGAGUUCUACUGGGAAUCGUGGCUGCUCUCGAGUUUUACUCGAUGGCCCUUGUGACGUAUGUGUUUGACUACUCCAACUUCUUCCUCGUGCCGGGAUACAGGCUCGAUACGUCGCUAUAUCUCUGCGCCUUCAGCGGCGGCGUUGCGCUGGCGUGUGCCUGCGGCCUGGCCAUAUCCGCCUACGUCCUCCCCCCUGAGGACAGCUACGAACUACUUCGUGAUUAUUCAGAGUGUCGGUCCGUGUGA